AUGAAGCCAAUCAUCCGCCACCGCAACUACAUAGCCACUCUCACUCGCCGCUCGCGCCACUCCCCCGCCACCCAGAAACCCCCGCUCCUCUACACCGCUGACACAACCGCCGAUAAUACCGCCACCUUGCAGGUCCUCUCGUGGGGCAGAGGCGCCUCCGGUCAGCUCGGUGGCGGCGUGGAGGAGACCCGCCUAUACCCUUCUCCGGUGGCCAACUUGGCCGUGCCCAAAUCCUCCUUCUCCCUGGCCCAAACCCCUGGCGACCUCCCCCAAGCGGAGAAGCGGCGGCCCCCCGAAGUGGGCCUCUCGUGUGGGCUUUUCCACUCUUCGCUCGUCGCCGAUGGGGCCCUCUGGAUUUGGGGCAAAGGAGAUGGCGGAAGAUUGGGCUUCGGCCACGAGAAUUCGUUGUUCGUUCCCACCUUGAAUCCUCACCUGGAAAACCUUCGCUCUGUCGCCCUCGGUGGCUUGCACACCGUUGCGCUUACGUCAGCGGGCGAGGUCUUCACCUGGGGUUAUGGCGGUUUUGGUGCACUUGGACACUCAGUAUAUCACCGAGAGCUAUUUCCUAGGUUGGUAAAAGGCUCCUGGGAGGGAAUUAUAAAACACAUUGCUACCAGUGGAACACAUACAGCAGCAAUCACAGAAUCAGGAGAGCUUUAUAUCUGGGGUCGAGAUGAAGGGGAUGGUCGAUUGGGCCUUGGCCCUGGUCGGGGCCCAGAUCAUGCUGGUGGACUUAGUAUCCCCUCUAGAGUAAAAGAAUUACCUUACCCUAUGGCUGCUGCUUCCUGUGGGGGAUUUUUCACAAUGGCAUUGACAGAAGAUGGGCAAUUAUGGAACUGGGGAGCCAAUUCUAACUAUGAACUUGGGAGAGGUGAUAAGAUUGGUGGUUGGAAACCAAGGCCCGUACCCAGCCUUGAGAAUGUUAAAAUAAUUCAAAUAGCAAGUGGUGGAUAUCAUUCCCUAGCAUUAACUGAUGAUGGCAAAGUGCUCUCAUGGGGCCAUGGUGGACAAGGUCAGUUGGGCCAUGGAUCUGUCCAGAAUCAGAAGAUACCAGCAGUAGUUGAGGCUUUAUCUCAUGAGCAUAUUAUAUAUAUUGCCUGUGGGGGUUCCUCAUCAGCGGCUGUGACGGAUAAUGGAAAGUUGUACAUGUGGGGAAAUGCUAAUGAUUCUCAAUUAGGAGUUCCUGGGCUACCACCGGUUCAACCAUGCCCUGUUGAAGUCAACUUCUUAAUAGAAGAUGACGGAUUAGGACAUCACAGAGUUUUAUCAAUUGCAAUUGGUGCAUCACAUGCCAUCAUGGAUAUGGUUGAUUUUGCUGCAAAAGGCGUUGUUCUUGAAGUCCAACGCAUCGAAUUGACUAUUCUGACUAUACCAGAAGUACUGCGUUUGUAG